AUGGAUAGUUGGACAGAACUGGAAAGAAUAGAUAGCACGUUGGUGAAGGCUUUACGCAUCCAUUUUCCUUCACAACAACAGGUAGCAACUGCAUUCGAUGAUCUGAGAGGUGCCCGGGCAUUGGUGGAAGAAGCGUUAGCUAACAGUUAUGGAGCUGCAAGACGAGAGGCGAUAGCUGGGGCACUGGUGGAAUGGCAAAACAAUACAAGGAAUCGUUUGAAACGUUUGCGAUUGUCAGACGUCAAGGAACGUUUGGAGCAUGGGAAACAAUCUGAUUCACUUGACAUUGGUAUCACCAUGGCGGAUAGCUAUGAAUCAAUUAUUUCUGGUAGUCCCCUUUUGGGAUUGGCUGCGCUGGAGAGUCAUUUGGCAAAGAGGCCUAAGACUAGUGCCACGGCACGGGCUGAUGCUGAAGAAGUUUCAAAGAAACGAUGGGCGCUGGUUCUGGCUGAAUAUAUCACUGAGGCGAAAUUGCCCGCAGUAGGAACCUUCGACGGAUUGGCGAAUGUCAAUGCCGCUUGGGUACGAGCUUUUGGAGCGCGUCGGUCGAAGACCCUGCGCAAUCGUGCAAAGGCUUGGAAGCGGGUGCGAGAUUGGCUUCUGGUGACAACUGGAUCGCCGUGGCCAGGGAGUGUGGCAGUCAUGUUACAAUAUUUGGAGGAGCGCAAUGAAGUGCAACCAAUGGGUAAGACGGUCCCUACUUCAAUUCAUACGACUCUCUCGCUACUGGAGCUGGUUGGACAAGUGCCGGCAGAGCAUAGACUUUCUGGCGAUAGAUUGUGGCUGGAAUCUGUCAAGUCAUGGACAGCAGACUUGAGCCGAGAUGCAGGUCCGAAGAAGCAGGCAGAUCUGUAUACAGUGGCCAUUGCGUUGAGCUGUGAACUCUUGUUGGGACAUCACGCAGCACCUUUGGGACAGAGAUUUUGUGCUUUCGUUUUAUUGCUGCUGCUCUGGGGCACCAUGCGGUGCGAUGAUUUGCAGAAUGUGGAUCCUUCCUCUAUGGAGCUCUCUCAGUUGGGGCUCAAGUUCAUUUUGCGCCGCACUAAGACCAGUGGACCAGGUAAACCAGUAGGUGAACUUCAUGGCUUCAUUGCACGUGAUGUUAGUUUGAGUGGAGUUGAUUGGCUGCGUGUUGGUAUUGAUUUGUUGGAACAUGAUGAGCUGAAUUUUCGGAGAGAUUUCUUUGCAAUUUCUUUCAGAAAUGAAUGGGAUGAUCCAGAGCGACGGUAUUUAGAACCUGAAGGAUUAGCAACAAUGCUGAGAAAGCUUCUCCUCACGUUGCCGACAGUGGUCAGGCGAGGUGGCAGUCUGGCUCUCAACCCUGGGAUCAUGCUCAUUGCACCUGAGAUGGCGUCAUUUUGGACUGGACACAGUGCUAGGCAUACUUUACCUUCCUGGGCAGCAGCUGCCGGUAUCAGCAAAGAAAGUAGGGAUUACUUGGGCAGGUGGAGCUAUGCAAAACAUGGCUCACAAGAUUAUGUUUUGACUUCAAGGCAAGUAGUCCAUCGUGUUCAGAGAGAGGUUUGUAAAUUCAUUCUUGAAGGCGUACCUGCACCUGGCUUGGUGGAGGAGGAACUCAUGGAGCGCAUCAAGUCUUUUGCUGUUCAGGUGAAUGCAGGACCGGUGACCACGGCACGAAGGCACAAUGUCAUGGUCUGGAGCUUGAACAUGGGGGCAUGGCAUGUUGGUGGCACUUUUCCGCUUUUGCAGAUUGCUCCAGUUGUUGAUGCCAUGGAAGAUGAACCAGAACGGAAGGAACAAGGGACACAGGACGAUGAUGUUCUUCCUGAGGAGGUCAGUCAGGAUCCCUCGAGUUCAGAUAGCACCAGUAGCAGUCAAAUACUGGCCAUGAAUCCCCCAGACGGGGUGAACGAUGCUGCCAUGCGGACUUAUAUCCAUGACAAGGUUGAAGGCGAUUUGGCUUUCAUUUUGCAGGAGAAUGGUGUGCCGUUGGCGUUGCAAUAUAACCUCACACAGGUUUUCACCCAACUCAGACGCUUCAGUGCGAUUGCAGAUUCCAGACAAGGUGUGAGGCAGGCACUUAGAGAUGACCUUCAAGUGGAGGAGAACAGCCUUCAAAAUAGGGCUGCAGUUGCUGGUGUUGUAGCAGCUUGGGAGGCAUCUAAGGAGUAUGCAGCCAAGCAGGCUGAGUUGAAAGCAGAGGCACGUUUGCUUGGAGUGACACGGCCUGUGACCCAGACUGACAGAGCGGCAAUGCGUGCAGCUUACAUAGCAACACAUGGUGAGAUUGAAGAAACCUUUGAACCUUCAGAUGAUUACUUGUCUGCAAAGAUUGAAGAGAUGGAAGCGCAUGAACCGGCGUGGUGA